ACACGCCACGAUAAAAUACCGAAGUCCAAUAUCAAAUCAAAUGCUCACCGCUCAAGCUAAACACUUUUCAGCAAUGAAAUUUGCUUUCACCCUUUAUCAUUUGUGUAUUCUAAUUUUUGUUAAAUUCAACACAGUCAAAGUACAAGGAGAAAAUACAAUUUCAGAAUUCACUGAUCACUUGAUAGUACCUCACUUAUUCCCAACACCACCCAAGGAAAUAUGUUCGGUUAUCUAUGAACCCGGUUUAAUCAUUCUUACGGGGAAACCUUAUUUUCCAUACCAAAUACAAGGAUUACCAGAAAUAAUAUGGAAUCACAAAGAAGAAACAUUCUACACAGUAAUGAUUCUUGGUGCAUUCCAGAGAAAGGCUGAGUAUGCAAUCACAACAGCCCCCGUAUUCGAAAAUGAAACCAAUAUUUCACCUCCCGAACAAUGGUGGCAUGAAUGGGUGAAAGUGAAUGUCUUUGAAAACGACUUGAGUUCAUCAGGAACCGUAUUACAACCGUUUCUGGAGUCAUCUGUGCCUCAGCCUCAUACACAUAAUACACACGACAUAAUUCACAUCUUUGCGGUAUACGAGCAGAGCAAGGAAUUGGAAUUUGUAUCCGAUGAUGGGAAUACCACCCUUCAAGCAUUGCUCUUCAAGUAUUUCACACCAAUAUCGAAUUUUAAACACUAUUUCAACGAAAGUAUUUUCUUGGCUGGAAACUUUUUUUAUGCAGUUCCUAAAAAGAUCGUAUUAGACACUUCGGUGGUGCGGAGACUUCGAUGGAAAGAUUAGAUUGAAACAAAUACAUACAUGUAAAAUGGACGAGCUCAUUUAUAUUCAUUAUUUAUCUAUGUUUGACUGAUUGCGGGUAGAAAGAGACGAGAUGAUGGGGAUUUCCACAUACCAGCUUUUGAUGAAUGCCAAUAUGACGAAAAAACUUGAAGCUAGGUAAAGAAGCUUGUAAAAAACUAAUCUGAAAAAACUAUGUAAUUUCUUGAAAUAAAUAACUCAUUCAAUACUAUUUUUUCCAACUCAGAAGAAUUUCAAAAAAAUAAA